UGGAUUGUCGACAUCAUUUUCGGGAAUUGACACGACGCUUGCCUGGAAGACUCACCGCCGAGACGUGUCAACUUUAUUGUGCAGGAUUUAAAACCGUUAUCAAUGAUAAAUGCUCAGAAAAUCAUCAUAAUAGACGAAUGUAAGUAGCCUACAUUGAUAUUGGGCCGUUCAUGAAAGAGAAAGUUAUUUUUCCAGGGAUUCGUUGACGGCAUAAAGUCACAGACAUAGGUGAGUUUCAUUAUGGGGUGUUUCAUCAUAGGUUAUUGGCACUGGUCUACUGUAUACUCUAAGUAAUGUAAUUAUAUUCAGAUUGCCCUUAAUUCACAUACUCAGAGUUGAACCUUCUGCUCUUUGAAGAUACACAUGGAUUUAAAUAUGAAAAACAUUUCUUUCGCAUAAAUUAUAGAUUGUAUAUGGUUUUGUAUGAUUUUGUACUCAGCUUUUCACUUUCACUUUCAUGUAGCCUAUAGUUUUGGAUGGAUCUGGUUUUAAAUAUAUGAACUAAAAUGACAUCAAAGUCACUAUUACAUAUUAUGCACUUAUUAAAGCCAUAAAGUAGCCUACUAUGGCUUUAUUUUCAGCCUCUUAACAUUCAUCUUCUCUUAUUUAGUGAACUCCUUGAAACAAGGCGAUGGACAUGUGCAGGCAACUGUUGGUAAAGAUGAGGAGGAGGAGGAAGGGCAAGUUCACGCCAAUCCCUGUAUUACCACAGGGCCUCGAGGUCCACUUCUACAAGGGAGACUCUCACCAGCUGGAGUUUCUCAGUGGUUGUUACACUGCUGAGGAGCUGUGCACAGAGGCAGCCAAGAAGUGUGGUGAGUCUGACUCAGUGUUGGCACAUACAAAGAAAUAUAUGGAUAUUAAUACAGUAACAUAAUCAUAGUUUAUGUCCCCCCCUCUUUGUUCACUCUUUGGCUCGCUCGCUCGCUCACUCGCUCACACAAACAAACACACACACACCUCACACACCUAAAUUCUUACUAAGAUCUCUCACGCAGACUGAAAUUCCAACUAAUCCUUCCCCAUCCUGACUGGCUCAUUUUAAUGUGUGUCAUGGAUAAUGAAUAUGACAUGUUAUGACAUGUAGCAACUGGCUGGUUCUUGUUGAGGGAAAUCAUACCUCUCUCUCUCUUUUUAGGCAUUUCACCUCUUUGCUUCAAUCUGUUUGCCCUGUAUGACGAGGGCAUGAACAUCUGGUACCCUCCCAAUCACACCUUCAAAAUCGAGGAAAGCACCCGCUUAAAGCUCCACUAUCGCAUGAGGUAAGCAUUAGGAUAUGUUAAUCCUCAGUUUGUCACAUAUUGAAGGAACAAAGCAGAGGGAACCAUUUUAGAUUGCAGCAGCACUUUGGUCUGCAAAUUCACAAACUUGAGAUAAAAAUGACUUUCUUACAAAAACUUACAUUUACAUUUACAUUUAAGUCAUUUAGCAGACGCUCUUAUCCAGAGCGACUUACAAAUUGGACGAACAGUGUCUGUCCCUUAGCUCCUCAGGGUUAAUGGGAAUAGCAGCAGACAUUCAUAAGCUUCAUGUUGACCUUCCAGCAGAACUCAAUAAUAUCACAGAAAAUAAUAACAUCAUACACAAUAGAAUUCAACCACCUGGAGAGAGAUAGCUAGCCUAGUGUUACCAACAGGAAAUUAGAUCAAUUGGCCAAGCAGUACCACAGGGAAAGGGGAUACCUAUUCAGUUGCACAACUCAAUGCAUUCAACCAAAAUGUGUCUUCCGCAUUUAACCCAACCCCUGCUGCACCUAGGUCAGUAGGACACACAGUGUCCCAAUUAGGCUUGGGCGGUAUACCGUAUAUACCAUAUAAUGGGUUAUUUGGAAAUAGCCACGGGAUGGUUUUUCAAUACAGUUAAUACUAUUUCUUUGAAGUUUUUAAAAUAAAUGUGAAUAUUUGUUGCUACUUUUUAAGUAAAUCCCUCAAGUCAACUUAUACGUUAGGAGAUAAAGAAGAUCGCAUUCUUCAUUUCACCGGUCACAUAAUGUUUCAUUAUGAAGCUUACCGGUAGUCUCCAGUCACGUGGUGUUUGUUCACAAGCACACAACGACGAAAGACCAGAGCCUUGUGAGUCACUCACUGUUGUUCAGCACAAGUCAGGUGAUCUAGUUACAGUAUGGAAUUUACAACUAAAUGUUUGCCAGCGAGAUAUCUUAUAACUAUUAAGUUUACUGUCUAAAAUGUGGCAAAUGCUUUGGUUUGCUAAUUUAGUAGCUAGUUAGCUAUCUAGCUAAGUGGUUAACUUCUUCCAAAAUAAAGCUUUGCUUGGUAACAGCAGAAAAUCCCUUCCCGGAACAAGAGCCUUGCUGUCUAAUAUUUGUUUUGUGCGUGCAGCAAACUGAGAGUAGCAUUUUUUUGUUACUUGUAUAACUUUUGCAUUUAGUUAGCAUUCUAUAUGGGUUUUUACAUGUACUUGUUAGCAUUGCUAACCUUCGGAUUAGAGGCAGAGUGGGGUUUGAAAAUAGCGCUCCUUGUGUUCAGUGCCGGUAUUACCGAAUAUCCCGGUAUGGCACAAGGUCGGUAUAAUAAUAAUAAUAAUAAUAAUAAUAAUAUGCCAUUUAGCAGACGCUUUUAUCCAAAGGGACUUACAGUCAUGUGCGCAUACAUUUUUACGUAUGGGUGGUCCCGGGGAUCGAACCCACUACCCUGGCGUUACAAGUGCCAUGCUCUACCAAUUGAGCUACAGAGGACCACAUGAAGGUAUGAUAAUCUGGAUACCGCCCAAGCCUAGUCUCAAUACUCAACAGUGGCUUCCUCUCACUGGCUAGAACCUAUCCUACUAGUGUCGGAUCAAGCCGGGUGAAGAAAAGGAAAGAAGGAAAGGAGACAAGUAAAGGAGGCCACUGUAGAGUAUUGAGAUAAAGCCAUUGCCUCAUUUUCAGUUCUGGCUUGAAAGCAUUUUAAACAUGUGAGAUGGGACGAGGUGGUGGUAGAAGAGGUUACAUUAUUUAUCUUCAAAUAUUUUGGUGUGCUACAAGUCCUGUAUAACAUGUUUCAAAGCUGUUGAUAGACUGCUGCAGACAGAUUGACUGAAAGUCUGAAUAUAAUAAUAAUAAUAAGUCUUACUAUAAUAAUACUGACUACAGUAUAUAAUCUGAAAUGUAACCAUACUGGUAGUGGUCACCAACUGGUCGAUCUUCAAGGCAUUCCUAGUCGAUCACCAACGAUAAAGGCCUGUUGCGCUGUUGGUGGUAGAUGCACUUGAUUCAGAAGUCCUGUUCACCGGGUAGGCAAAGUAUUCCCAGUUUGAACCAUUUCAUAUGUCUGAAAAGACAAACUCCGCCUACCUGGCAGACCGGGAGAUCUGUGGCUAAAUUGAGUGUGCCUACUGUGCUGGCCAAUCAGAUAGCUCAAAUCACUGUGUCUACCUACAGCUUCCACGACCCCGGCCACAGACUAGCCUACGUGAGAUUUCAUAACUUUUAAAACCAUGACCAGAGAGAGACUGUCAAAGAAUACAGCAAAGAGCUGCUGUUUUUAUGAGUGUCUAAGUUUUAUUAAGCACUAUUACAAAACGUAAAGCGCGCAAUUCCCUCUACUUCCACUCACGCUGCAAUGAAUGAGUAGCCAAGUAUAUCGAUAGCCCUGCAUUUUUAUUAUUAUUAGCAGCUCGUUGUAUCUAUUUUAAUGUCGAGGAGUAUUUCACUUUCUUUGGUCAUAGGAACAACCUGAAUUUAUGCCUGAGGCAGAUGCGGUGCGACUUGAGUUUCGCCAUCAGUUGAAAGAUUGUGUCCCCUCUUUCUGGUCAAUCUCACCUGAGGAAAGGAGAGAGCAGUGACCGUGAGAGGCGGACCCUCUGCUGCUCUCUCCCUCCCUCCAUUGAGACUAAUACUGUGUUCAAAAGAACUGAAAUCUCCGACUUCUGAGCGUUCAAGACAACUGGGAACUCAGAAAAAAAACUAGAUCCGACUGGGAAAAAUAGUUUUGAACGGUCAUCCAACUCGGUAACUCUGGCAUCUUCCUAGCGCUCCGACUUUCUGACCUGAAAGCACCAUACCCAUCUGAUGUAGGUACCACACCUCCAGUAAAAUAAAAAAGCAAAUUAUUAGCAUUUAUGCUCAGCUGUGCCUCGCAGGUGCUACACCAACUGAUCUAUUUGUUAUCAAAGCUUGAGUUUUGAAAUAUAAUAAGGUCUGAGGAGAACAAUAUUGGCAGGCCAGGCAUAUAGCCAAUAUGCUGUGAUAAUGUAUUAGGCCUACUGCACAAACCUCAUUCCUACAGAACUGUUAGGUUAAUGUUAAAUUUUUUAAGUAAAGUUUAAAAGAAUCUGAGUGGUAGAUCUCAGCUUGCUUUUUGACUGCAAAAGUGAUCUUGACUCAGAAAAGGUUGGUGACCACUGGACUAGUUGAUAUGUAUUAUGUACUGAAUGGAGUUCUCCUUAAGUUUGAUAAGGGGGCUGAGACACAGGCAGCAUCUCAAAUGAAACCCUAUUCCCUAAAUAAGGUGUCAUUUGGGAUGCAAACCCAACCCCUACGUAAUGCCAACGUAAUGCAACCUGUGUCACCCUUGGCCCGGACUCACAGAGUAGGAUGAAGUGGUCCCUAGUAGACACUGAUCUUAGGUCAGUUUUGUGUUUUCCAUCCUAACAGUAAAGGUUAGCAUUGGGAGAGAGUGAGCUGAUCCUAGAUCUGUAGUUAAGGUCAACUUCUACCCAGAGCUACACAGGCUGGCACAGCAGGGGUCUGGGAGGUUGGGUGGUGCCCCCUAGCUGGUGAGGAGGACUGUGUGCAGGAGAAUGGGAGGAAGAGGAGGAGAAGGAGAUAUUCUUCCUCCUCCUGGUGAGACACUAGCGAUAUCGCAAUAUCACUGGAAUGAUGAUGAUAAGCAACUCAUACUGACAUUGAAAUACCCUCAUCUCUUUAAAAAGGUUCUACUUCACCAACUGGCAUGGUGCGAAUGAGAGUGUGCCACGUGUUUGCAGACACACCCUCAAGAGAAAGAACGACAAUGGGCAGAAGACCAAAUCAGGGGGUACUGCACUCCUUGACGCUGCCUCACUGAAUUAUCUGUUUGCCCAGGUAUAAUUUUGUACAUCAAAAUAGUUUCAUACAGUUUAAAACAGUUAUAUCCUCAAAUGUAGAGUUCUAGCAUACACAAUCAUAUAUCCUGAUUCAUGUGUUUGUGCAUUUGAUUUUCCCAGGGUCAGCAUGACUUCCUGAAGGGGUGGGCCGCAGUGCCUAACCCUCAGAAUGAAAAGGAGGCCCACUGUAUUGAGAAUGAGUGCCUGGGGAUGGCAGUGUUGUCUAUCACACACCAUGCCAUGGAGAAGAACAUCGGCAACCCAGAUUUAGCAGGACGGAUCAGGUAACUAAUCAUCACUCACAAAGAAUUUCAGAAUUAAGCUGGUGUUACUGUCGGUUUACCAUCUUUCUUAUACACACUCAUGCACACACACACUCUCAGCACACACACACACACACACACACACACCCCUGACUCAACCAAAUAUCUUUCCAUCCCACCCAGCUAUAAGAAAUACAUCCCAGAGAGCGUGAACCAAAUCAUCAAGCAGCGGAACUUCCUGAUACAACUCCACAUCUCCCGGGUGUUCCAGCACUUCCUUAACGAGUUCAACAAGACAGUGCAGAUCAACAACGUCAACACCCAUGACAUCAAGGUCAAAUACUUGGCUACGCUGGAGACGCUGACAUGUGGGUUCGGCUGUGAGGUGUGUAGCUAGAUGUAUUACAGUACCCAUAAUGCUCUGUGUAACCAUGUUUGCAGACAUGCUAUUAAUUAACGAAAGAUUGGCAUUGGGCCAAAGACAGAACCAAGUGGUACUCCAAAAGUCUGUAAGGUACUCUAUGUGUAAAGAUGUUCCUGAAGCUAACACAAUGGUGUCCUGUCUCAUUAUCAAUACAAGAUAUACAAGCCAGAAGUUCUCAGUGUGACUGACAGCGAAGGGGAGAUCGAAGGAACACCCACUUCCUGUAACCAGGGUCAGCCCACCCAGUACCAAGUCCUUGUGUCUGGAAAUACAGGGAUCAAGUGGCGGAGGAUGCAACAGAAUGUGACAGUGAGUAUAUUAUUUUGUAGUUUAGAAUGUGUCAAUUAUGGCACACAUUGUAUCUAUCAUUAUUAUCUAAGUAUCACCUGCUAUGUUGUUUUAUAAAGAGAUACAUUUUUAUAAUGUUCAUCUAUUUCUCAGAAUGCAUGGACUGCCAAAGAGAAGAAAAAAUCCAAAAAGUACAAAACCGACAUCAACUGGAAGAACAAAUCAGCUCAAGACGUUUCGAAUGACUGGAAAACCUUCUCCGAUUUCUAUGAGAUCACACACAUCAACAUCAAGGGCUCCACAGUCACUGUCCACAAGCAGGACAACAAAAGGAUGGUAAAGUUUCAUUGUUUUAAAGGUGCAAUAUGCAGAAAUUGCUGCGCCAUUUCCUGGUUGAAAAAAUUCUAAUAGUUUGCCUAAUUUCAGUUAAUGUGACAAAACAAGCAAUGUAGAGAAUCAUUGUACCAUCUAAACCGCUGUGAAAUAUAUUUUUAAUAACCAAAAUAUUGUAUUUUCAGCUGUUUGAAACUGGUGAACAAAACCGAAAGUAAGAGACGCAAAAACUAAACUUAAGAACGAGAAGCAUUGAAUUUGAUGGGGUCUCCCAAAAAGUUACAUAUUGCAGGUUUAAGCUUUAGAGGAAACUUAAGCAUUCGCUAAUGCUGAAUAUCUGAAGGAGCAAUCUUGAAUGAGGCUCCGUCAGUGUAUACUCUUGUACCCAUUUUCUCUUUCAUAUUGGACAUGCAUGUUUGUUGUCGCUCUAUCUCCACUACAGGAACUGAGACUGGGUUUCCAUGCAGAGGCAUUGUCUUUUGCCACCCUCAUUGAUGGAUACUUCCGUCUGACAGUGGAUGCACAUCACUUCCUGUGUACAGACGUGGCCCCUCCCUCUGUGGUGCGGAACCUGCAGGAAGGCUGUCAUGGUCCAAUCAGGUGAGUUUAAAUAUUCCCAUUGUUAGGUUAUAAACGAACCGAACUGACGAUUAGUAAAGCUCAACCAAGUUUAUUCACCCACUGGGUCACACAGCUGCAUAAGACAAAGACAUGUUUCCACCAGCACAAGUAUAUAUACCCCAAUUUGGGUGAAGUAUCCUCCUUCCCUCUAAACAUUACAUGUUUAUUGCUAGGCAGGAAGUUAAGUGAUGCAGGCAAUAAACUGUUCCUUCUCCCUUAAUGUGACCUGAUCUGACCUCAUUCCUCAAGCCUCACUGAUACACAGCUAUCCACCCUUAGCAGUGACUGCAACCAUGUGAUUGCUUCCACCAUAUACAUUCCUCCUACAGAUAACCAUUAACUUCUGGUGUAGGAACCAGACUAUGGCACUCCUCAUUUCCAUAGGAUACUUGAUGAUUGAACAAUAACAUGUUCUGCCAGUACUUACAUGUCCUGCAUUCUUCUCUCUCCCUCUGUGGCAUGAUUUAAGGAUAUUUCUAGUUUAUAAGUCAGAACCCAUCACCAUUCAUUGGUUAGAGAAAAUGUAAAUAUUAGUAAAAUACAACAUUUUUGUAAUACAGUCAAUUUGUCCGAUUAUACAGAUACACUGCUCAAAAAAAUUAAGGGAACACUAAAAUAACACAUCCUAGAUCUGAAUGAAUGAAAUAAUCUUAUUAAAUACUUUUUUCUUUACAUAGUUGAAUGUGCUGACAACAAAAUCACACAAAAAGUAUCAAUGGAAAUCAAAUGUAUCAACCCAUGGAGGUCUGGAUUUGGAGUCACCCUCAAAAUUAAAGUGGAAAACCACACUACAGGCUGAUCCAACUUUGAUGUAAUGUCCUUAAAACAAGUCAAAAUGAGGCUCAGUAGUGUGUGUGGCUUCCACGUGCCUGUAUGACCUCCCUAAAACGCCUGGGCAUGCUCCUGAUGAGGUGGCGGCUGGUCUCCUGAGGGAUCUUCUCCCAGACCUGGACUAAAGCAUCCACCAACUCCUGUACAGUCUGUGGUGCAACGUGGCGUUGGUGGAUGGAGCGAGACAUGAUGUCCCAGAUGUGCGCAAUUGGAUUCAGGUCUGGGGAACGGGCGGGCCAGUCCAUACCAUCAAUGCCUUCCUCUUGCAGGAACUGCUGACACACUCCAGCCACAUGAGGUCUAGCAUUGUCUUGCAUUAGGAGGAACCCAGGGCCAACCGCACCAGCAUAUGGUCUCACAAGGGGUCUGAGGAUCUCAUCUCGGUACCUAAUGGCAGUCAGGCUACCUCUGGCGAGCACAUGGAGGGCAGUGCGGCCCCCCAAAGAAAUGCCACCCCACACCAUGACUGACCCACCGCCAAACCGGUCAUGCUGGAGGAUGUUGCAGGCAGCAGAACGUUCUCCACGGCGUCUCCCGAUUGUGUCACGUCUGUCACAUGUGCUCAGUGUGAACCUGCUUUCAUCUGUGAAGAGCACAGGGCGCCAGUGGCGAAUUUGCCAAUCUUGGUGUUCUCUGGCAAAUGCCAAACGUCCUGCACGGUGUUGGGCUGUAAGCACAACCCCCACCUGUGGACGUCGGGCCCUCAUACCACCCUCAUGGAGUCUGUUUCUGACCGUUUGAGCAGACACAUGCACAUUUGUGGCCUGCUGGAGGUCAUUUUGCAGGGCUCUGGCAGUGCUCCGCCUGCUCCUCCUUGCACAAAGGCGGAGGUAGCGGUCCUUCUGCUGGGUUGUUGCCCUCCUACGGCCUCCUCCACGUCUCCUGAUGUACUGGCCUGUCUCCUGGUAGCGCCUCCAUGCUCUGGACACUACGCUGACAGACACAGCAAACCUUCUUGCCACAGCUCGCAUUGAUGUGCCAUCCUGGAUGAGCUGCACUACCUGAGCCACUUGUGUGGGUUGUAGACUCCGUCUCAUGCUACCACUAGAGUGAAAGCACCGCCAGCAUUCAAAAGUGACCAAAACAUCAGCCAGGAAGCAUAGGAACUGAGAAGUGGUCUGUGGUCACCACCUGCAGAACCACUUCUUUAUUGGGGGUGUCUUGCUAAUUGCCUAUAAUUUCCACCUGUUGUCUAUUCCAUUUGCACAACAGCAUGUGACAUUUAUUGUCAAUCAGUGUUGCUUCCUAAGUGGACAGUUUGAUUUCACAGAAGUGUGAUUGACUUGGAGUUACAUUGUGUUGUUUAAGUGUUCCCUUUAUUUUUUUGAGCAGUGUAUUUGUGUCAUUAACCACGUUUCCAUCCACAGUUUUUAUGAGAGUAAAGUCACACCAUAUAAAAAAAUAAAAUAAUGACAGCUGUGAUGGAAACAGGACGUUUCGGUACAAUUUUAUAAAUGCUGACAGAUAAUUUGUUUGUUUGACAUAGUGGGAUCAUAUCGAAGAGAACCUGGAGUCACGCGAUGAUAUGGUGUGUGGUCCUCCUGCUAUGAUGCGGGAAACCAUGCAGUUUAUUCAGCUACAGAUUAAAUAAAUUAUGAUGAACUUCACAGGGUGGUGAAAAUGCCCGGUGAUGAGCUUGAUGCGCCUUUCCAAUCAAUAUCGAGGGUCUUAUUCUGGUGACAUGAUGAUCGAUGCUUGACUGCCAUUUAACAAAUACAAAUAUUCUCGCUCUUAUCCAUAAUAAUCUCAUGUAGACUAGCCUACCUGCACAGCCUUCUGCAAGCUGUUGGCUAGAGCGCACAUGCCAAGACCAGAGUAGGCACAUUUGCUAUUUAACGGAACAACUAUUGGUCGAGUUGAAAAUGAAACAACUUUAGAGUUUUACGAGCGGAAAAGUACAUUUUCUGUGCACUACUUCAUCACGCACUGAUUGUUAUUCGCAACAAGUCAGUUUGGUGGAAACACACCACUUGUUGGAACAUUUGCAUAUUUUGGAAUAUUCGCAUGGAAAUCUGUCGCCAAUUGGAUGGAAACCUAGCUACUGACACAAUAAUACUUCUAUACUAGUGUAGAACUGAGUUGAUUCACCCCUUUUCCCAUGAUCCAAUUUGGCCCCUCCCCCUCCAGCAUGGACUACACCUCCCACAAGCUGCGCCAGGAGGGCGGGGAGGAGGGCAUGUACGUGCUGCGCUGGAGCUGUAUCGACUAUGACCACAUCCUCCUGACUGUCAAAUGCAACCAAGUACAUUACCACUUCCACCAUCUGCCUCACCCACAGUCAUAUAGACAUGUAUACAGCCACUAUCAUUUUAAGACAAUCAUACAUUUGAACAUUUUUGUGAGGCUUUCUCGCUUUUAAAAACCUGGUGGCGCUAUCUUGUUAGUCACCAUUAUUUGACUGAACUGAAUUGUGACAAUUUGUUGCUGUAAAAAUGGCUGGUGUAAAUCAACUGGCUUGAUUACUCUCUGUACUCCUUCUCCUCCUCUUGGCUCUUCUGCUGUAGGUGGACCUGACCGAUAACCGUCCGUACCGUAGCUUUAAGAUCGAGGUGGGGCCGGAAGGUUACGUCCUGAGUGGUACAGUCCUGAGGCAGCCCUCUCUCAGGGAGCUGAUGGAACAGCUGAGGGGCCAGAGCCUCAGUACAGACAAAGUCAUCAUCCAGCUCCGCAAGGCCUGCCCUCCCCAGCCCAGAGGUAUGGUAUGAUACCCUGCCCCAAUACUACACACUUAGAAAAAAAAGGUGCUAUCUAGAACCUAAAAGGGUUCUUCGGCUGUCCCCAUAGAAGAAGCCUUUUUGGUUCCAGGAACAACCCUUUUGGUUCCCUUUCCACAGAGGGUUCUAUAUGGAUCCCAAACGGGUUCUACCUGUAACCAAAAAGGGUUCUACCUGUAACCAAAAAGGGUUCUAUCUGGAACCAAAAAUGUUUAUGGGGACAGCUGAAUAACCCCUUUGGAACCCUUUUUUCUAAAGUGUAUCACCACGGCACCUAAUGCUUUAUCAGGUUUGGCACCUUAUGCCAUACAAUACACCAGACCAGGAUGUGCUCUUCUCUUUAUACCACUAUCAAACAGGACAUGUUGCUCAGUAACAGUGGUUUUCCUGAAUUCGGCAGCUCUGUCACCUGUUCUCACUUCAGAGGGAGAUGAUUGGUGUGUGUCUAUAUUGUUUCCUAUUUCAGUUUUUUUGUUUGUUUCAGAAAUGUCUAACCUGCUACUAGUGACAAAGAGAGCGGCGGAGCCGACGUACCCCGUACAGAGUCAUGUCGUCUUCCACAAGAUCCUCAACAAGGACAUAGUGCAGGUGUGCGUGUGUGUAUUUGCGUGCGUGUGUGUCUGUCUGCUUGUGUGGAUUUGUAUGUGCAUGUGUGUUUGCAUGUUAGCCUUCACUAACUGUGUUUACAGUAUGUUUGUGUGCACAGGAUGCCCUACGCUGACAAUACUACUUUUUAAUUCAUUCCUUUGAUCUACAAAUAAUGCUAUUCUGUCCGUAAUCGUGUCUGUGUCUCCCAUAUGUCUAUAUAGGAGGAACACUUGGGCUGUGGCACCAGAACUAACAUCUAUGCUGGCAAACUGAAAAUAAAGAGUGAGGAAGAGAAGGAUGUGUGGGGUUCCCAAACUCACCACGAGGUGAAAGUGGUCCUGAAAGUGCUAGGGUCCCAACACAGAGACAUCACUAUGGUGAGAACACACACACACACACACACACACACGCUGUAUAAACAAAAAGUGGCUUUAGAAAUUAAUGCGAUUGGCAUACACAUUAACCUUUUAUUGCAGUGGACUAAAUCAGAGUCACACAGAGUGAUUCUUGGUAGUCUUAAACAAAUCUACUUUGAAAUAAAAGUAUACACCUCACACACAUGGUUAUGGGCUUACAAAAAAGAAGACGCCUGUACCAAGUCAGAUAUGGAGUUGAAAUGUAUUAGAUUUUGAGUUUGCAUCCCAAUAUUACACUUUAUACACAUCACAGAAGACUGAAAUAUAACAAAACCGUUUGACAUAGUAACACCAGAUUUUUGUUUGAAAGAAUGUUGAUUAAUUAUGACAUUAUGAAAAAUAUGAAUAACAUUCCACCCAUGAGGCCAGUAGGUAAUUUGAGUGCAGGAAAGGGCUACCAUACAUACACACUGCUCCUCCCUCCACCACCCAUGUCUGACCUUCUCCCUUUGACCUUUGACUCUGACCUUUGACACUGAGCUCUUUCCGUCAGGCUUUCUUUGAGACGGUCAGUAUGAUGCGUCAGGUGUCCCACCAACACGUUGCUCUGCUGCACGGCGUCUGUGUUCGCAACCAGGACAGUAAGUCAUCCUUCCUUCCACCAUUCCUCUUACUUUGACUCUUAAACUGAGACUCAGCGAGAUGCCACAAGCCGCAGGAAGAACCUAAGUUAAUGCAGAUGAGCGCCACGCAAGACGAUGUACUCGCGCAGAGUAUCUGCGCAUGUGCAUGGCUACCCUUCACAUUGCUACAACGUGAUAUCUGCACGACAACAACUAGGGAGAAGUUUAGCUUUGCGCGUCGCGCUCUUAGUUGUUGCGGAAGUUGUCACGAUACUGCUGUUUACUUUGUGCAUCGCUGAAGUCCUAUAAGUUAGGACAUAGAAUGUCUGCAUAUACCAUAUGUUGUGGAAAAUGUCUCUGACAGCAAAAGUAUUUGUAAUUUUUUUUAUUAAGUUGCAACCUACUUGUACUUUUUAAUCUGAAAUAGGCUAGACAUUUUUGGACCUCUUAACUGUGUGUAUGGUGUUGUCCCUGUUCAGAUAUCAUUGUGGAGGAGCAUGUGAAGUUGGGUCCUCUGGAUGUGUUCAUGCGGGGACAUCGUCUUGAACUCAGCACCUCCUGGAAGUACCAGGUGGCCAAACAACUGACCGACGCCCUCAGCUACCUGGUGAGACAUGAUGAGACGACACCCAAUUGCGAUUUUGGCCGAACAACCCUGAUUCACACUACAGGGCCAAAUCGAGCUGUACUGGGCUGCCUUAAUGAAAAAAAACAGCAUAGACCAGCCUAAAUGUCAAGCUGGUCCAUGCUGGUCAAGCUGGUCUGACCAGCAUGGUCUAGCUGGUUAGGCUGGCUGACUAGCUGGUCAAGUAGGUGAUUCUGGGGAUCAGCUAAUGCUGGUGAUGCUGGUGUGCUGAUGACCAGCUUAUGCUGGUCUAUGCUGGUCAAGCUGGUCUGCAAAACCACACCCAUCAUUAUCAUAUUUCCCAUCAUGCUCUAUUGCAGUUAGAUUUUUUGAAUUGUUUGUUUCAAUAUGUGUUUUUGCAUGUUCAUUAAUUAAUUAAUUAAUUAAUUAAUUAAUUAAUUAAUUAAUUAAUUAAUUAAUUAAUCUUAUGCUACACAAAGAUAAAUAACAUACAUUUUUCUAAACUAAUACAAUCUGUUAGUUAACUUAUUGCACCCGUUACUGAAAUGGUUGUUCCAGUUUAGAUGGAUCUCAUUUAUUAAUUUUUCUAACUCUGGCAGUCAUUCUGAAUGCAGAUUGUGGGUGAAUAAAAGUUACAUUUGUUGGAUAUCCCCACUCUGGCUGGAUUCCAAUAGGAAUUAAACAUCACUUUGCAAGCCAGCAUAAUGUGACUUGACCAGUGUCGAAAACACAGCGAAUGCUGGUCACCAGCAAAAACACAGCGAAUGCUGGUCACCAGCAAAAACACAGCGAAUGCUGGUCACCAGCAAAUAGACAGCAAAUGCUGGUCACCAGCAAAUAGACAGCAAAGGCUGGUCACCAGCAAAUAGACAGCAAAGGCUGGUCACCAGCAAAUAGACAGCAAAGGCUGGUCACCAGCAAAUAGACAGCAAAGGCUGGUCACCAGCAAAUAGACAGCAAAGGCUGGUCACCAGCAAAUAGACAGCAAAGGCUGGUCACCAGCAAAUAGACAGCAAAGGCUGGUCACCAGCAAAUAGACAGCAAAGGCUGGUCACCAGCAAAUAGACAGCAAAGGCUGGUCACCAGCAAAUAGACAGCAAAGGCUGGUCACCAGCAAAUAGACAGCAAAGGCUGGUCACCAGCAAAUAGACAGCAAAGGCUGGUCACCAGCAAAUAGACAGCAAAGGCUGGUCACCAGCAAAUAGACAGCAAAGGCUGGUCACCAGCAAAUAGACAGCAAAGGCUGGUCACCAGCAAAUAGACAGCAAAGGCUGGUCACCAGCAAAUAGACAGCAAAGGCUGGUCACCAGCAAAUAGACAGCAAAGGCUGGUCACCAGCAAAUAGGCAGCAAAGGCUGGUCACCAGCAAAUAGGCAGCAAAGGCUGGUCACCAGCAAAUAGACAGCAAAGGCUGGUCACCAGCAAAUAGACAGCAAAGGCUGGUCACCAGCAAAAACACAGCGAAGGCACUAGAAAAAAAACACAGAAGGCUGGUCACCAGCAAAAACACAGGCUGGUGACCAGCCUUUUUCCAAAAGGGUGGCCUGGUUAUGCAUUCACCAUAGUUACUGGAACCGUGCUAGAAAGGACAAUGUGAAAAGACAAUACCAGAGCCGGUCCAGUAUGGUCCAGGUUGUCUCUCUAGGAUAAAUCAGGCAUAAAAAUGUGCCAUUUAUAAUAACAUUUCAUUUUAUAAUCUAAUGUAGAAUGUAAUAGUGUUGGAACUUGGUGCCAACCUGGAGAAUACAGUAGCAAUAGUUUGGCAAACUAUAUGGCUCUAGACCUGACCCUUCCCUGUGUUUCUGUCCCCUACAGGAGGAUAAGAAGCUGGUCCAUGGCUAUGUGUCUGCUAAGAACAUCCUAGUGGAGCGGGAUGGUCUGGAGGGAGAGACUGGGCCCUUCAUCAAACUGAGUGGCCCUGGUGUCCCCAUCUCCGCACUCAACAUACAAGGUGUGUGUGUGGUGGGUGUGAGUGUGUGCAAGCGUGCGUGUGUGUGGUGUGUGCGUCUGUGUGUCUGUCUGUUCUUCCCCAGCUGACAAGGCUGUGUUGUAUUACAGAGUGUGUGGAGAGGAUCCCGUGGAUCGCCCCAGAGUGUGUGAGGAACAGCCAGGCCCUGAGUGUUGCGGUGGAUAAGUGGGGUUUCGGCACCACGCUGUGGGAGAUCUGCUACGAGGGAGAGGCUCCUCUCAAAGACAAGAAACUCAUAGAGGUACACCCAUACUUCUCCUGACAAGAGACCUACUAACAUACAGUGAGCAACACAGUCUCUCACUCACAACCACCCCAAGAGUCCUGCAUACAUAGCCUAACUCUUCUUUAAAAAAAGUAUCCUUUAUUUACCCAGGUGAGAUAUCUAUUUCAGAGGGGAGCUCUUGAGUUAUUUCAUUGAAUACAUCUGUUGCUGUGAAGUUUAUUGACACUUGUAGACUGUGGUAAUCUUACAAUAUUCAUAGCAUGCCACUUAGAAGCAAAGUAUUGGAAUCAAUAUUGGAACAGAGCCCAAGUCUUGGUUCUGAUCCAUCUCCUCUCUUUCUCUCUGUGAGCAGAAGGAAAUGUUUUACUCGGCCCAGUGUUCCCUUGUGACACCAGACUGCCCUCAGCUGGCUGAGCUCAUCACCAAGUGCAUGACCUACGACCCCAAGAGGAGGCCCUUCUUCAGGGCCAUCGUCAGGGACCUCACCGGGGUGGCCGAGCAGAGUAAGAGGACACACCUUUUCUGUCUCUGUUUCUCUUGUUGUCAUUGUCUCUGUCACUUUCUCUCUGUCUCUCACUCUCUCUCACAUGCAUGUGUAUGUGCGUGCAGACAAGUGUGCGUGUGCCUGUGUUUACAUAGAGAACGUGUUUGUAUAACCCUAUUAUAACCCUGUCUCUGUGUGGCCCCUCCCCCAUACCCAGUCCUGCCUCCUGGAAGGGUGCCCAUCCAGGAAGUGGACCCCACUGUGUUUGAUACCAGGUUCCUCAGGAAGAUCAAAGACCUGGGACAGGUAGGGACACUCUUAAUACAUGUAUAGUUUACUUUUGGGGUGCUUGUCCACAUUAAAGGGGCAAUCUGGGAUUGGUACAUCCAUUAUAGCCAUUGAUUCUUGAAGAAUAUCUCUUAUAAAUGCUUUAUUGAGCUUAGUUUCAUUGUCUUACCCCAUCAGAACCCCAAAUAUAAGUGGCGAGGUGACCGAUUUGUUGUUUGAAUCCUACUAAUUCCCAUGUAAUGUGACGAUUGAGGUAUGUAAUUGUGUGUGUGUGGUACAGAUAUGAACUGUACUUGUGUGGUUUGUGUUAAUAUAUGUUCACUAUAUCUGUGGCGUGCUUUAUUUGUCACGCCCUGACUUAUGGGACUAGUGUCUGUUGAGUCAGGGUGUGGAUAUCUAUGUUAGUGUUUCUAUGUUUUCAUUCAAUGUUGUGUGUUUCUAUGUUUGGCCGGGAGUGAUUCCCAAUCAGAGGCAGCUGUCGCUCGUUGUCUCUGAUUGGAGAUCAUACUUAAGUAGCUUGUUGGCACUCAUUAGUUGUGGGAUCUUGUUCCGUGUGUAGGCUUGUUUUGUGUUUAGCCUGAGGACUUCACGUUGGUUUGUUCGUGUGUUUAUCGUUGAAAUAAACAUGUAUGCAUUUCACGCUGCGCCUUGGUCUGGCCCGUCCUUAAACGAACGUGACAUUAUUCUAUAAUUGUUCUCGUGUGUGUGUGUGUGUGUCUACUGUGCAGGGUAACUUUGGGAAAGUGGAACUGUGUCAGUAUGACCCCCGUGGGGAUGGCCGAGGGGAGCUGGUGGCGGUCAAGUUUCUGAAGCCAGAGAGCAAAGGCCAGCUGGCCUGCCACCUGAGGAGAGAGAUAGAUACCAUGAGAGAGCUCUACCACCACAACAUCGUCAAAUACAAAGGAGUGUGUAGCGAGGAGGGUGAGGAGGGCAAUGCAUGCAUUCCUACAUACACACACAAACGUAUACUGUAUGUAUAUAUACAAUACACACACAUGCUUGUUGUCACACACCACACACUUGUGAAAAUCGUGUUUCUCUGUCUAGGUGGGAAGACCAUUAAGCUGAUUAUGGAGUACCUUCCAGCGGGGAGUCUGAAGGACUAUCUUCCCAGGAGGAAACACCAGACUGACCUCAAGAGGCUCCUCCACUACGCCCUUCAGAUCUGCCAGGUAUAGUAGUAUGGAGCUUUAUUAAUGCCCCCAAAAAUUGAAUUUCAUUGUUUUAACUAAUACACUAUAGGUAUUUAUGUACAGUGCCUUCAGAAAGUAUUCAGACCCCUUGACUUUUUCCACAUUUUGUUACGUUACAGCCUUAUUCUAAAAUGGAAAUUUAUAAAAAAUAAAAAACAGCAAUACCUUAUUUACAUGAGUAUUCAUACCCUUUGCUAUGAGACUCGAAAUUGAGCUCAGGUGCAUCCUGUUUCCAUUGAUCAUCCUUGAAAUGUUUCUACAACGUCAUUGGAGUCCACCUGUGGUAAAUUCAAUUGAUUGGACAUGAUUUGGAAAGGCACUCACCUGUCUUUAGAAGGUCCCAGAGUUGACAGUGCAUGUCAGAGCAAAAACCAAGCCAUGAGGUCGAAGCAAUUGUCUGUAGAGCUCCGAGACAGGAUUGUGUCGAGGCACAGAUCUGGGGAAGGGUACCAAAACAUUUCUGCAGCAUUGAAGGUCCCCAAGAACACAGUGGCCUCCAUCAUUCUUAAAUGGAAGAAGUUUGGAACCACCAAGAUUCUUCCUAGAGCUGGCCUCCUGGCCAAACUGAGCAAUCGGGGGAGAAGGGCUUUGGUCAGGGAGGUGACCAAGAACCCGAUGGUCACUCUGACAGCGCUCUAGAAUUCCUCUGUGGAGAUGGGAGAACCUUCCAGAAGGACAACCAUCUAUGCAGCACUCCACCAAUCAGGCCUUUAUGGUAGAGUGGCCAGACGUAAAGGCACAUGACAGUAAAAGGCACAUGACAGCCUGCUUGGAGUUUGCGAAAAGGCACCAAAAGACUCUCAGACCAUGAGAAACAAGAUUCUCUGGUCUGAUGAAACCAAGAUUGAACUCUUUGGCCUGAAUACCAAGCGUCACAUCUGGAGGAAACCUGGCACCAUCCCUACGGUGAAGCAUGGUGGUGGCAGCAUCAUGCUGGGGGGAUGUUUUUCAGCAGCAGGGACUGGGAGACUAGUCAGGAUCGAGGGAAAGAUGAACGGAGCAAAGUACAGAGAGAUCCUUGAUGAAAACCUGCUCCAGAGCUCUCAGGACCUCAGACUGGGGCGAAGGUUCACCUUCCAACAGGACAACGACCCUAAGCACACAGCCAAGACAACGCAGGAGUCGCUUCGGGACAAGUCUCUGAAUGUCCUUGAGUUCAGCAACGCUCCCCAUCCAACCUGACAAAGCUUGAGAGGAUCUGCAGAGAAGAAUGUGAGAAACUCCCCAAAUACAGGUGUGCCAAGCUUGUAGCGUCAUACCCAAGAAGGCUGUAAUCGCUGCCAAAGGUGCUUCAACAAAGUACUGAGUAAAGGGUCUGAAUACUUAUGUAAAUGUAAUAUUUCCGUUUCUUUUUUUAAAUUAGCAAAUAUUUCUAAAAAUCUGUAUUUGCUUUGUCGUUAUGGGGUUUUGUGUGUAGAAUCAAUUUUAGAAUAAGUCUGUAACCUAACAAAAUGUGGAAAAGUCUAGGGUUCUGAAUACUUUUACGAAGGCGCUGCGCUGUAUGUGCUGCGGUUUCUGAUUAUGGAGAGAGUUGGACAUUCUAAAGCAUUGCAGUCCUUAUUUAAAUUAACUUUCUGCUACUUACAAAGAAAUGAACACAGUUGGUAACUGUGGCUAGUACUAAAUGAAAUGUUGUGUUGAAUGUUUCAAUGACUCAUAGAAACCACAAGGUAAAUAGCUAUAAAAGUAUACAAACUAUAGAAACAAGUGAAAACCCCCAUAGUGAAAAUGUGUGUGUGUGUCUCAGGGAAUGGAUUACUUGGGAUCCCAGCGGUUCAUCCACCGGGAUUUGGCGGCCAGGAACGUUCUGGUGGAGAACGAGAGCACAGUGAAGAUUGGAGACUUUGGCCUCACCAAGAGCAUGAAGGAGGACAAGAGUUACUACACUGUCAAAGAGGACACCGCCAGCCCUGUGUUCUGGUGAGCAACUUAGAAAUAGAAUAACAAGACCAGGUCCUAGAACUUAACUUGAUGGUUCACUCCCAAAUCAAAGUUAAGGAGAUAAGGUCACAUGCCAUUUAAAAGCCUGGAGCCAGUCUAUCGUUGCUAUCUGUGAUGUAUCCGAUUAAAAUCUCCUAUGAUCUUGACAGGUUGGAGCUCAUUGUAUUGACUUUAGCUGACAAACAGUGAGGGGAAAAAGUAUUUGAUCCCCUGCUGAUUUUGUACGUUUGCCCACUGACAAAGAAAUGAUCAGUCUAUAAUUUUAAUGGUAGGUUUAUUUGAACAGUGAGAGACAGAAUAACAACAAAAAAAUCCAGAAAAACGCAUGUCAAAAAUUUGCAUUUUAAUUAGGGAAAUAAGUAUUUGACCCCCUCUCAAUCAGAAAUAUUUCUGGCUCCCAGGUGACUUUUAUACAGGUAACAAACUGAGAUUAGGAGCUCACUCUUAAAGGGAGUGCUCCUAAUCUCAGUUUGUUACCUGAAUAAAAGACACCUGUCCACAGAAGCAAUCAAUCAAUCAGAUUCCAAACUCUCCACCAUGGCCAAGACCAAAGAGCUCUCCAAGGAUGUCAGGGACAAGAUUGUAGACCUACACAAGGCUGGAAUGGGCUACAAGACCAUCGCCAAGCAGCUUGAUGAGAAGGUGACAACAGUUGGUGCGAUUAUUCGCAAAUGGAAGAAACACAAAAGAACUGUCAAUCUCCCUCGGCCUAGGGCUCCAUGCAAGAUCUCACCUCGUGGAGUUGCAAUGAUCAUGAGAACGGUGAGGAAUCAGCCCAGAACUACACGGGAGGAUCUUGUCAAUGAUUUCAAGGCAGCUGGGACCAUAGUCACCAAGAAAACAAUUGGUAACACACUACGCCGUGAAGGACUGAAAUCCUGCAGCUCCCACAAGGUCCCCCUGCUCAAGAAAGCACAUAUACAUGCCCGUCUGAAGUUUGCCAAUGAACAUCUGAAUGAUUCAGACGAGAACUGGGUGAAAGUGCUGUGGUCAGAUGAGACCAAAAUGGAGCUCUUUGGCAUCAACUCAACUCGCCAUGUUUGGAGGAGGAGGAAUGCUGCCUAUGACCCCAAGAACACCAUCCCCACCGUCAAACAUGGAGGUGGAAACAUUAUGCUUUGGGGGUGUUUUUCUGCUAAGGGGACAGGACAACUUCACCGCAUCAAAGGGACGAUGGACGGGGCCAUGUACCGUCAAAUCGUGGGUGAGUACCUCCUUCCCUCAGCCAGGGCAUUGAAAAUGUGUCGUGGAUGUGUAUUCCAGCAUGACAAUGACCCAAAACACACGGCCAAGGCAACAAAGGAGUGGCUCAAGAAGAGGCACAUUAAGGUCCUGGAGUGGCCUAGCCAGUCUCCAGACCUUAAUCCCAUAGAAAAUCUGUGGAGGGAGCUGAAGGUUCGAGUUGCCAAACGUCAGGCUCGAAACCUUAAUGACUUGGAGAAGAUCUGCAAAGAGGAGUGGGACAAAAUCCCUCCUGAGAUCUGUGUAAACCUGGUGGCCAACUACAAGAAACGUCUUACCUCUGUGAUUGCCAACAAGGGUUUUGCCACCAAGCACUAAGUCAUGUUUUGCAGAGGGGUCAAAUACUUAUUUCCCUCAUUAAAAUGCAAAUCAAUUAAUAACAUUUUUGACAUGUGUUUUUCUGGAUUUUUGUUGUUGUUAUUCUGUCUCUCACUGUUUAAAUAAACCUACCAUUAAAAUUAUAGACUGCCCACUGACAAAGAAAUGAUCAAAUGUACAAAAUCAGCAGGGGAUCAAAUACUUUUUUCCCUCACUGUAUUUACCUUUGUCGUGUUCAUUGAUAAUAGGCACCAAACGGAAGAAAUCAAACUGAAAAAAGGGAGGGACUACCUAAACUUGAAAUGCUUAUCUCUAGGUUUUUUUUGCAAAACAUUUUGUUACAGUAUGUGUUGCCUUGUAGGUAUGCUCCUGAGUGCCUGGUGAACAGUAGGUUUUACCCUGCGUCUGACGUGUGGUCCUUCGGAGUGACCCUCUAUGAGCUGAUGACCUACUGCGAGACAAGCAGCAGUCCUGACGAGGUAAAGAACUUUCUGUGUUUACCUCACUUCACAAUGAAAAUAGUUUCAUACAAAUUCGUUAAACUUUAUUGAUUUGAGAAAACAUUUAACAUGUAAAGUAUCUGAUGAGAUGUACAUAAUUAUUGUCUUAGUUGAUCAAGCUAGCACUUGUCUGUUAUGGGAUCAAAUUAUUCUGCAGUUCAAUACUCUGACCUUUCUCCCUAAGUGUGCACAUCAUGGAUUUUAAAGAAAAUGAGUAGAGUAAGAAAUAUGGAGGAAACUCCUUCCCCAAGCUUGCACCAAUCCAAUGUUUUUAAAUGCAUGGGAAGACGUGCAUGAGUGUAUAGUUUGAGAGUAAAGACUGGGCUGUAGGUACGGCCAGAAUUGGAGCGUAGGACCAGUUUCCCAUCUGUUUUGGUUUAGAUCAUGUGACAUGGUUGUUCACAGGUAUUUUUGGAGAUGCUUCGUCCAACCCAGGGUAUGAUGACUCUCACCCUAUUGGUGAAAGUGCUGAUGGCCGGCAGGAGGCUGCCCUGUCCACCUCGCUGCCCAGAAACGGUAAGAGAACUCCGGGACGUGGUGUCAUCUGCUCACCAAGGCUGUAGUCUUUCCUUAUCUUUCAUCUUCAAGCUAAUGCUCCGGGGUGAAGAUUCCCCUAGGUACAGAUCUAGGAUCAGCUUCCCCUCCCCCAAUCCUAACCUUAACCAUUAGUGGAGAAAAUGCCAAACUAACCUAAGAUCAGCGUCUAGGGGCAACUUUGCUCCACACCAAAGCUAAUAGUACACUUUCUAAAUACACAUUCAGUAGUGUUAUUCUAUACAAAAAUUAUCCUCAAUAGGAAUGAGUGGGAAUAGAACAUCCUGCACAUCCGAUGGUUCCGAGCAGGUGCUGGGGUAUCAAAGUCAAUGUUUAGGGCGUUCACUCACUGCUGUAGAAUGUAGAGGAAAUGGGGCAAUUCAAGAGGGUGCUAUGAAAUGAAUGUCAAAACGUUGUUUUCUUUGCCCUAUGUCAUUAUAAAUUACAUAGAAUUAAUCAUUAGAUUGUUCUCUACAAUAUUAUAACCUUAAUAUACUUAUACUUGACAUUGUUGAUUAAAUAGGAACGUUAAUUUGCUGUAACCGUUGCUAGUUUAGACUGUGCCGCUCUUUGUUGUAUCUCUUCCAUAUUUGGUGUUGUGAGGUGGUACUAUUUGGAGGUGUUUCCGCUGGUUGGACCAAUCAAAAUCAACGUGAUACCGUCGUCAUUUUCACCUCCAGAUCCCUGGCUUUCAUUGCCUAUAACUGCGAUAAAUCUACGUUGAGAGGGGCCGUUUCUAUGGCGAUUUAAAGGGAAAGACUCAGAAAUACACAAUGAAUGGCUUCUGGUUGGGAUAUGUACGUACGUUCUGGUUGGGAUAUGUACGUGUCGUCUCCACAGUGACCAUACGUACAUUUCCCAACCAGAAGCUAUGGAUUACAGGCAACAUCUGCACUGAGCUAAAGACUAGAGCUGCCGCUUUUAAGGAGUGGGACACUAAUCCGGACGCUUAUAAGAAAUCCUGCAAUGCCCUCCGACGAACCAUCAAACAGGCAAAGCCUCAAUACAGGACUAAGAUUGAAUCCUACUACACCGGCUCUGAUGCUCGUCGGAUGUGGCAGGACUUGCAAACUAUUACGGAUUACAAAGGGAAACCCAGCCGCGAGCUGCCCAGUGACGCGACCCUACCAAACGAGCUAAAUGCCUUCUAUGCUCGCUUCGUGGCAAGCAACACUGAAGCUUGCAUGAGAACACCAGCUGUUCCGGACGACUGUGUGAUCACGCUCUCCGUAGCCGAUGUCAGUAAGACCUUUAAGCAGGUCAAUAUUCACAAGGCCGCGGGGCCAGAUGGAUUACCAGGACUCAUACUCAGAGAAUGCGCUGACCAACUGGCAAGUGUCUUCGCUGACAUUUUCAACCUCUCCCUGACCGAGUCUGUAAUACCUACGUUUCAAGAAGACCACCAUAGUCUCUGUGCUCAAGAAUGCAAAGGUAACCUGCCUAAAUGACUACCACUCUGUAGCACUCACGUCUGUAGCCAUGAAGUGGGAUGAUGGUGUUGACUCACAUCAACACCAUCAUCCCAGAAACCCUAGACCCACUACAAUUCGCAUACCGCCCCAGCAUAUCCACAGAUGACGCAAUCUCCAUUGCACUCCACACUGCCCUUUUCCACCUGGACAAAAGGAACACCUACGUGAGAAUGCUGUUCGUUGACUACAGCUCAGCGUCCAACACCAUAGUUCCCUGAAAGCUCAUCAUUAAGCUAAGGACCCUGGGACUAAACACCUCCCUCUGCAACUGGAUCCUGGACUUCCUGACGGGCCGCCCCCAGGUGGUAAGGGUAGGCAACAACCCGUAUGCCACGCUGAUCCUCAACACAGGGGCCUCUCAGGGGUGCGUGCUUAGUCCCGUCCUGUACUCCCUGUUCACCCACAACUCCAACACCAUCAUUAAGUUGGCAGACGACACAACGGUGGUAGGCCUGAUCACCGACAACGAUGAAACAGCCUAGAGGGAGGAGGUCAGAGACCUGGCACAGGACAACAUCUCCCUCAACGUGAGCAAGACAAAAGAGCUGAUCAUGGACUAAAGGAAAGGGGGGGGCGAGCACGUCCCUAUUCUCAUCCACGGAGCUGUAGUGGAGUGGGUCGAGAGCUUCAAGUUCCUUGGCGUCCACAUUACUAACAAACUAUCAUGGUCCAAACACAACAACAGUCGUGAAGAGGGCACAACAGAGCCUAUUCCCCCUCAGGGCAUGGGUCCUCAGAUCCUCAAAACGUUAUACAGCUGCACCAUCGAGAGCAUCCUGACUCGUUGCAUCACCGCUUGGUAUGGCAACUGCUCGGCAUCCGACCGCAAGGCGCUACAGAGGGUAGUGCAUACGGCCCAGUACAUCACUGGGGCCAAGCUUCCUGCCAUCAAGGAUCUCUAUACCAGGCGGUGUCAGAGGAAGGCCCUAAAAAUUGGCAAAGACUCCAGCCACCCUAGUCAUAGACUGUUCUGUCUGCUACCGCACGGCAAGCGGUACCAGAGCACCAAGUCUAGGUCCAAAAGGCUCCUUAACAACUUCUACCCCUAAGCCAUUAAACUGCUAAACAGUUAAUCAAAUGGCUACCCGGACUAUUUGCAUAGACCCCUUUUUUACGCUACUGCCACUCGCUGUUUAUUAUGUAUGCAUAGUCACUUUACCUCUACCUACAUGUACAUAUUACCUCGACUAACCUGUACCCCCACACAUUGACAUGGUACUGGUAGCCCCUGUAUAUAGCCUCAUUAUUGUUAUUUUAUUGUGUUACUUUUUUUCUUCCUUUAUUUUAUUUUAUAUUUUAGCAAAUAUUUUCUUACUUAACCAACAAUGCAGAUUUUUUUUGUUAAGGGCUUGUAAGCAUUUCAUGGUAAGGUCUACACCCGUUGUAUUCGCCGCAUGUGACAAAUACGAUUUGAUUUGAAAAAAGGGUGAACACCCUACAAUGUUCAUUAACAAAAAAAGGACAACUGCAUACACUGGGAUGAACAUGUUUUCCCAAGUGUAUCAUAACGUUUUGACCCUUAGGUCAAUGUUUCAACCUUUUAUUAUAUUUUUAGCUGAUUGCCGAAAAAAAAAAUGUAAUGAUUUGUGACCGACCACCUCUAUUCGGUCUUAUGUAGCAACAUUUUAAAUUGUUUUUUUUUUUUUACAUUGGAUAAAAGUAUAGACUACAAAAUGGUAUAUCAUACACUGUAGUUGAGGAACAAUGGGAAAGUAAUUCUGCUUUGAGAGUUGAUAAACUUUUGAGAAUAUGGCCCUUGAAUGUUUUGGCACACCUACUGGAGAGCUCUUCUUUGUCUACACCUAUUCAGCAUAGUUCACACCCAACUGAAGCCUUAGCCCCACCUAACUCUUUAAGGAUUCACAUGGAGGCCAUGUGCUAAACAGAGUAAGGUAGUGUAGUAAACAACCAAAGAUUUCAAGACUAAAAGUGGUGUAGUAGCCUUCAAUAAGGGAAAAACGGCAUGGAAAAAUAUGCUUUAUCUAGUCCUUGGCAUAUAUCCUAAUCUGACUUUGGUGCAGGUCAUGUUGUUCUUCACAUUACCGUCUCUGGUAAGCACACACUAUAUCAAAUAAAAUCUAUGUUUAUUUGUCACAUGCACAGGAUACAGAAGGGGUGAAUGGUACAGUGAAAAGCUUACAUGCAAAUAUUCCAUAGUAGCAAUAUCAAAAAUAGAAAGCGUUGAGAUAAAAAUAUUUUAUAAAUAUUUUAUCAUUAUUAUAGUGAACAAAAAUAUAAACUUAACAUGCAAAAAUGUCAAAGAUUUUAGUGAGUUACAGUUCAUAUAAGGAAAUCAGUCAAUUGAAAUAAAUUCAUUAGGCCCUAAUCUAUGGAUUUGACAUGACUGGGAAUACAUACAGUGGGGAGAACAAGUAUUUGAUACUUUUUUUUAUUUUUUUUAUUUCACCUUUAUUUAACCAGGUAAGCCAGUUGAGAACAGGUUCUCAUUUACAACUGCGACCUGGCCAAGAUAAAGCAAAGUAGUGCAAUAAAAACAACACAGAGUUACAUAUGGGGUAAAAAAAAAAACAUACACUGACGAUUUUGCAGGUUUUCCUACUUACAAAGCAUGUAGAGGUCUGUAAUUUUUAUCAUAGGUACACUUCAACUGUGAGAGACGGAAUCUAAAACAAAAAUCCAGAAAAUCACAUUGUAUGAUUUUUAAGUAAUUCAUUGGCAUUUUAUUGCAUGACAUAAGUAUUUGAUCACCUACCAACCAGUAAGAAUUCCGGCUCUCACAGACCUGUUAGUUUUUCUUUAAGAAGCCCUCCAGUUCUCCACUCAUUACCUGUAUUAAUUGCACCUGUUUGAACUCGUUACCUGUAUAAAAGACACCUGUCCACACACUCAAUCAAACAGACUCCAACCUCUCCACAAUGGCCAAGACCAGAGAGCUGUGUAAGGACUUCAGGGAUAAAAUUGUAGACCUGCACAAGGCUGGGAUGGGCUACAGGACAAUAGGCAAGCAGCUUGGUGAGAAGGCAACAACUGUUGGCGCAAUUAUUAGAAAAUGGAAGAAGUUCAAGAUGACUGUCAAUCACCCUCGGACUUGGGCUCCAUGCAAGAUCUCACCUCGUGGGGCAUCAAUGAUCAUGAGGAAGGUGAGGGAUCAGCCCAGAACUACACGGCAGGACCUGGUCAAUGACCUGAAGAGAGCUGGGACCACAGUCUCAAAGAAAACCAUUAGUAACACACUACGCCGUCAUGGAUUAAAAUCCUGCAGCGCACGCAAGGUCCCCCUGCUCAAGCCAGCGCAUGUCCAGGCCCGUCUGAAGUUUGCCAAUGACCAUCUGGAUGAUCCAGAGGAGGAAUGGGAGAAGGUCAUGUGGUCUGAUGAGACAACAAUUGAGCUUUUUGGUCUAAACUCCACUCGCCGUGUUUGGAGGAAGAAGAAGGAUGAGUACAACCCCAAGAACACCAUCCCAACCGUGAAGCAUGGAGGUGGAAACAUCAUUCUUUGGGGAUGCUUUUCUGCAAAGGGGACAGGACGACUGCACCGAAUUGAGGGGAGGAUGGAUGGGGCCAUGUAUCGCGAGAUCUUGGCCAACAACCUCCUUCCCUCAGUAAGAGCAUUGCAGAUGGGUCGUGGCUGGGUCUUCCAGCAUGACAACGACCUGAAACACACAGCCAGGGCAACUAAGGAGUGGCUCCGUAAGAAGCAUCUCAAGGUCCUGGAGUGGCCUAGCCAGUCUCCAGACCUGAACCCAAUAGAAAAUCUUUGGAGGGAGCUAAAAGUCCGUAUUGCCCAGCGACAGCCCCGAAACCUGAAGGAUCUGGAGAAGGUCUGUAUGGAGGAGUGGGCCAAAAUCCCUGCUGCAGUGUGUGCAAACCUGGUCAAGACCUACAGGAAACGUAUGAUCACUGUAAUUGCAAACAAAGGUUUCUGUACCAAAUAUUAAGUUCUGCUUUUCUGAUGUAUCAAAUACUUAUGUCAUGCAAUAAAAUGCAAAUUAUUUACUUUAAAAUCAUGCAAUGUGAUUUUCUGGAUUUUUGUUUUAGAUUCCGUCUCUCACAGUUGAAGUGUACCUAUGAUAAAAAUUACAGACCUCUACAUGCUUUGUAAGUAGGAAAACCUGCAAAAUCGGCAGUGUAUCAAAUACUUGUUCUCCCCACUGUAUAUGCAUGUUGGUCACAGAUACCUUUAAAAAAAAUGUAGGGGCGUGGAUCAGAAAACCAGUCAGUAUCUGGUGUGAACACCAUUUGCCUCAUACAGCCCAACAUCUCCUUAACAUAGAGUUGAUCAGGCUGUUGAUUGUGGCCUGUGGAAUGUUGUCCCACUCCUCUUCAAUGGCUGGAUAUUGGCAGGAACUGGAACACACUGUCGUACAUGUCGAUCCAGAGCAUCCCAAACAUGCUCAAUGGGUGACAUGUCUGGUGAGUAUGCAGGCCAUGGAAGAACUGGCACAUUUUCAUCUUCCAGGAAUUGUUUACAGAUCCUUGCGACAUGGGGCUGUGCAUUAUCAUGCUGAAACAUGAGGUGAUGGCAGCGAAUGAAUGGCAUGACAAUGGGCCUCAGGAUCUCGUCACGGUAUCUCUGUGCAUUCAAAUUGCCAUCGAUAAAAUGCAAUUGUGUUCGUUGUCUGUAGCUUAUGCCUACCCAUACCAUAACCCCACCAUGGGGCACUCUGUUCACAACGUUGACAUCAGCAAACGCUCGGCCACACAACGCCAUACACGUGGUCUGCGGUUGUAAGGUCGGUUGGACAUAUUGCCAAAUUCUCUAAAAUGACGUUGGAGGCGGCUUAUGGUCGAGAAAUGAACAUUCAAUUCUCUGGCAACAACUGUGGUUGACAUUCCUGCAGUCAGUUUGCCAAUUUCACGCUCCCUCUAAACUUGAGACGUCAGUGGCAUUGUGUUGUGUGACAAAGUGGCCUUUUAUUGUCCACAGCACAAGGUGCACCUGUGUAAUGAUCAUGCUGUUUAAUCAGCUUCUUGAUAUGCCACACCUGUCACGUGUAUGGAUUAUCUUGGCAAAGGAGAAAUGCUCACUAACAAGGAUGUAAACAAAUUUGUGCUAAAAAAUUUAGAGAAAUAACCUUUUUGUGCGUAUGGAACAUUUUUGGGAUCUUUUAUUUCAGUUUAUAAAACAUGGGACCAACACUUUCCAUGUUGCGUUGUGAAAGAAAUGCUAUAACCACCCCCCCAGCCACAUCUAGCUAAGUGGAUGGGUCACUAUUGUCUAGACAUGUACACAUGUUCAUGAAAUAGAAUAGAUGGCCGUAAUCACACCCAGCCACACCUGGUUAACUUGAUGGGUCAUGUAAUCAUCUGGCGAAGUGGAGUCUUUUGUUUAGACAUGUAGCUAACUAGCUAAACAAUUAACCAUAAUCCCAACCCAUACAAUACUAGCAAUACAAAUGGAUUGUCAUAGCUAGCCACCAUGCAUGAAAUGCUGUAGUAUGAAUCUGCAGGUAGUUAAAGCUAACCAACUAGGUUCAAUGUUAGCUAGCUAGCUAACAUUAAGCGAUAACUAGCAAUGCAAUUGCAUUUCUGAGAUAUGAAUAAGAUUACUACACAGAUCAUACGUUCGCUAGCUAACUGUACUCUUUAACUUGCAAUGAAAAUGACUUCUGCCAAAAUUAGAAACGUAUAAUAUCUGAAAAUGUAGCUAGACUCUUAUCCAUAUACAUGGAGGAACGCUUCACGGCAGACCGGAACCCCUUUAACUAAGUAAGACGUCCUGUGUCUUUUUUGUUUUGUUUGUAUAGCUUGUUUGGCCCAUUGUGUCAAGUCACUCCGGUUCACACUGACCGUGUGCAUACAGUAGUCCAUCACAACUUUUUCCCACUGAUCUUUGUCGAUAGCGCCUGCUAAAUUCAGGGCAGCAAUGUUGUUGAGAGCAGUAGCAACACUUUUGCAGUUCUCCAUGACUAACGUUAUAUCUUUCAAAAAAUGGGUCACAUUUUCUCUGAUCUUUGCUCUCUCUCCCUUCACUCUCUAUCUCUCUCCAUUUCUUCUUUUAUGUUUGUAAUGCUGUCUGUCUCCAUGCGUGUGUGUGUGUGUGCAGGUAUACUCUCUGAUGAGGAGGUGUUGGGAGAAUGCCCCGGAGAACAGGAUCCAGUUCAAAGGCCUGAUCACAGAGCUGGAGACGCUGCUGGACGAGAGGCACAGAGAUAGAUUGGCUGUCUGA